AGUUUUUUGUUUGAGAUUAAAAUAAGAAUAUUUUCGGUACAAAAAAGUUAUCUUAGGUGUUGGAAGUUGACGUCUGACCGUCAGUUGUGGCGUCCGUAACAACAUCAGUUGUCACCAUACCUGAUUCUUCUCUACCUGUCACGGGGUAUUCCAUAAAGAAGUGGCUGAAUUUACCAUGUCUGAAGCUGGUGCUGGCAUCACUCCAGAAGGAAAUGACACUGCCAUGUCUAAGGCUGUGGCAGAUAAAACAGCUAGAGAUGAAUCUAGCUUGUCUACUUCACAACAGAUAAGUAGUAGGUUUAAAUUUGAAAACUUGGCUAAUUCCAGUAAUGCUGAAGAUGCAGAUAUAGACAGCAGUAGCAGUUCCUGGGAAACCUGUUCAGAUACUUCAGGGGAACUCAGUUCAUCACCUUUAUACAGUAGUAUUAGCAGCAGCGACUCCUCCAGUUACUGUGAAGAAUCGUCUGUCUCAAAGGGCUUUCCUUGUUAUGAAAAGACUAAUGCAAUUAACUUGAAUUUAUAUAAAACUGACACCUCUACAUGUUCAUCAAAGACUAGUACUCUGUCAGUGGAUGACAAAAAUGCCUUUGAUGCUGAAGAGAUCUACAAUGCAGUGUCUUAUGUUCAAGAUUUUAAGAAAUCCUUACAUAAUAAAGUGUAUGCUGAUAUAGUGCAUAAUAAUGAUAAAACUAGUUGCCCAGAAAAUUAUAAACCUAAAGUGAUGUAUGAGGAUGAACCCUUUUUUCUAAACAUGGAAAUUCAAAGCUUAGAGUUAACCAUUAAUAAUAUGGAACUUCAGUUACCCAUGUUGAAAAGCUUGUUGAAAAAACUCAAGCAAGCUAGGCAGUCUGGAUUGCUACAUAAAUUAUUGGCUGAACAGGAAUACCCUGAUCCUUUGUUGAACCAAGAGCCAAAGUAUUAUGAAAAGCCUAAGGUUUAUGAAAGCUUCCCUAAUAAAUCUUCCCAAAAAACUGAUGCAGUUCCAUCUGUAGUUUUUGAUGAUCUCUUAAGAGAUGUAGGAUUUAGUGAUGAAUUCAAGAUGCUGCAGCCCUUUGAAAACAUAGAGCCCACUGAGCACUCAGUCAAGCUUUCAUCAGUAAUUCAGGAUGAUUGGGAAUUUGAAUUUCCCCAUCUCUGUGUAACUCCUACAGGCGAGCAAUGUAGUGCAUUGUGUCAAGAAAAAAUUGACCCAUCACAGUACACAAAAGAAGGUAACAAAAAUGAUGGCCUUGUAGACAUAUCAGAAAAUGAGAGAACAGAGGGAACUUCUACAGAUAAUUUUAUUCCACUGGUUACAUCCAGUGUCAAAGUUGACCCACAAAUUUUGCCAGUUCAUACACCUACGGAAUUUCAUGAAUGUAAUGAAAUUAGCAGUGUAGAUGAAGAACGACUUGAAAGUGUUGCAGUCUCUCCAGAAUGCUACUUUACUAAAGAAUUCUUGGGCUUCCUUGAUCCUCAAUUGCCUGCCUCACCCACUUCCCAAACAGAUGACCAACACUCAUUGAAAGGUGUGCACUCUGCCAGCUCUUACAUUGAAAAGGUAUGGCACAAGUACUCCCUUGUCAUCGCCCUCAUCGUCUUCCCUGCCAUCUCAUUUAUCGUCUUCCCUGCCAUCUCCCUUAUCAUCUUCCUUGCUAUCUCCCUCAUCGUCUUCCCUGCCAUCUCCCUUAUCGUCUUCCCUGCCAUCUCCCUUAUCGUCUUCCCUGCCAUCUCCCUUAUCGUCUUCCCUGCCAUCUCCCGUAUCGUCUUUCCUGCCAUCUCAUUUAUCGUCUUCCCUGCCAUCUCCCUUAUCUUCCUUGCUAUCUCCCUCAUCGUCUUCCCUGCCAUCUCCCGUAUCGUCUUCCCUGCCAUCUCCCUUAUCUUCCUUGCUAUCUCCCUCAUCGUCUUCCCUGCCAUCUCCCGUAUCGUCUUCCCUGGCAUCUCCCUUAUCGUCUUCCCAGCCAUCUCCUUUAUCUCCACACUGGUCAUCGGACUAGAUUACGAAUAG